GCGCGAAAUUCUUCUAACAGCGAUGGCGUCCAAAGCAGGUCGUCGAGGGACAAAGCGCAAAGCGGAAGCUCCGGAGGAGGAGACACCAUCCGUGGAGGAGAAGAAGGACAAAGGAGAGGGGGAGGACGGCCAAAGGGUGGUUAUUGAACACUGUAAGAGUUGACGAGUGUAUGGGCGUAAUGCUGAGGAGGUGAAAGCUGCCCUCCUGGCUGCAAGCCCUGAACUGACUGUGGUCCUCAACCCUGAGAAACCCCGCAGGAACAGCUUCGAAAUCACUCUGCUGGAUGGAGGAAAAGAAACCUCUCUGUGGACUGGAAUAAAGAAAGGUCCGCCUCGUAAGAUGAAGUUUCCUCAACCUGAUGUUGUCGUUGCUGCUCUGCAGGAGGCUCUGAAGGCUGAGUAAACGUCCAGUGAAGCCAGGAGUUCAGGAGAUCUGACCAUGGAGGCACAAUGAUGAGGAGUGACGAAUGGGAUAUUCUCAGUCUCUCCUUUGAUGAUCCAAGCUCCAGCAGCUCACAUAUCCUGGACACACGGUGACACCUAGUGGAGCAUCUCUGAGCCAACACAUUUCUCAUAUGCAUAGUCCUGCUGUGUCCGUCCCAUUCCUCAACAACUAAUUAAGCUUUUAUAUCUGUUUUUUGAUAAGAUUAAAAUGUUCCUUAUUUGAUA